AAUGCAUGCACCAUGCUAGAAAAUAUUGGUCAAAUGCUUAAAGAGACGGUAAAAUCGUUGGACCUUUUGCUGUAUACCAUUGAAAAUCUAGCAAAGAAUCCGACGUGCUACACGCCUCUUAGCAACGAGAUCAAACUUCUUCUGGACCUCUCAACUAUUGAUGCAGAAGAGAACAUAAGAUCUUUCGAACGAAUGAAGAAAGAGCUUUGUGAUCAUCUGCAAAUCUGCAGUUUGAGUGGAGACGAAGAAUUUGAUGUUGCAAUGCAGUAUGGUGAGGGACUUUUCAAGAUUUGUGCUUUCAAGUUUGAUCGUCUUUUAGCUGUGGACCAACCCGUCGACCCGUCUUUUCAAGCUCCAUAUCUGGAGACUGGAAUCAAGGGGGUCAAACGUAAAAGAGAAGACGAGGUUGCCACAAAUGUUUUGACAAAAUCUUUUCACAGGCAGUGACAACACAACAGGUAAUGUUGAGGAGAGUUCCAAUAAAAAAUUGAAACAAGAUAAUUUAGAAGAAUUUGAGACUUUUGCAAUUGAAAAUAACCAUACAGGCAAUAAUUUAGAUCGGAAUAAUUACGUAAGAGCUUGGCUGGAAAACAAAUCAAACUUAUUUUUCGGACUCGAAACGCCAAAAUUCCAAACAGUUUUCGAAAAAUCCAAAGUUUCAGCUUUAAUAACUCAAAACAGCGCAGAAAAAUGCACCGAGAAAGCAAUAGAAUUGGGCAAAAUCUUUGAGCCGAGAGUUUUUGAAACUAGCUCUUUUAAAACAGCAGAAAAUCUUAAAGCAUUAAGUACAGAACAAAAACACGACGUUAUAGUUGCUAAGGAAAAGCAAGUCAGAAACGAGGCUGGUCCUAAAAGCUGCGAACUUCAAAAUGUUGGUAUCUUAAAAAAUAAUUCCACAUAUCGAGUUUCAAAGAAAUGCCUCACCAAAGGCGGUUCAGUUGAGCAAAGCAAAAAAGAAUCUUGCAACUAUAAAGCCCCUUCGUCAAGUUUGUAUGAAGCAAAUGCCUCACAAAAAUAUCAAAAAUCUCCACUAAAUUCUGAACUUUGUGGCUCUAUGCAAGGCCAGGCAAAUAAGAAUAUUUCAAAUAAUUCUCAACCGUUUGCAGCUUCACCAAAAGCUGGAAUGCAAAAAAUUUCAAAAGCCAGGGCAAUUCAAAAAUGUCAAGAUAUUGUCAGUGUGAAACAUUUUUCAGGAAAAAUUUACAAACCAAGUUCCCCCAAAGCAAACUGUACUUCUACAACCAAAUUUAGUGUACAAAAACAAGUUCGUUUCAGGGAAGCUGCCACUGUUAGCAGACCAGAGUCUUUGAAAAUGAUAUUUUUUAAAACAGAGAGUGGCAACUGGGCAAUAAAAAAUAAACCCGUUAAGGAUGAAAUUAAGAAAGUAGGAAAUGUUGAAAAUGCAGAAAAAGAAACAGAAAUAGUAAUUGUGAAAAAUGAUAGUGUAUUGAGGGAUGAAGAGGCAGAAAAAAGAGCCAAAAAUCGUUUGAAAGUUUUACAAAGAGUAAAAGGAGCUUUAGUAAGGGAUAGGUCAAAAAUGAAAGAGAAAAGAGUUUCUUCGAAAAACAGCAAUUUUCAUAGAAUAAGAAAACAGGUCUCAAACCUCUUCGAAAUGAAAGCACGCUUGAUAAGUAGGAAUUCAAAAUCUUGAGCCCAGGUACUCGAGAUUUAGGGACCAAGUUUCAUUGUUGACUGUAUAUGUCUCGUUAGUGUGAAGAGAAUCAACUAGGUCAUCAACACCUUCCGUUUAGUAAAUA